UCAUGAACGCGCAAACCUCCAGGGUGCUGUUCAGGCGGCAGUUGCUUGCUAAGGGCAAGCACAGGGUGGGGCGAGAGUCGUACAGAUGUUUCUCAUGCUCGGUUCGAUACGCGCAGCAGCAAACACCGCCGAAACGGACACAGGAUGCGCCGGGGACCACGCAUUUCGGGUUUGAGACGGUUGCGGAGGCGAUCAAGGAGCAGAAAGUCGGCGCAGUCUUCUCCUCCGUCGCCUCAUCGUACGAUACCAUGAACGACCUCAUGUCCCUUGGGAUCCACCGUCUGUGGAAAGACCAUUUCGUGCGAAACCUUAAUCCCGGCCGUAAUCCGCUCACAUAUCCGUCCACGUCAUCAGAAGAGAAGGGUUGGAAUAUCCUGGACAUUGCUGGUGGAACGGGAGACAUCGCUUUCAGGAUGCUCGACCACGCAUCAAACAUCAACAACGACGCUCAUACGAAAGUCACGGUUGCCGACAUAAAUCCAGAUAUGCUGGCUGAAGGACGGAAACGCGCGCUUGAGACGCCAUACGCGCGGUCACCGCGGCUCAGAUUCAUCGAGGCAAAUGCGGAGAAGCUGGACAUGAUACCCGAUUCGAGCGUCGACCUCUACACCGUCGCAUUCGGCAUCCGGAACUUCACGCACAAGGACGCUGCAAUCCGGGAGGCAUUCCGCGUGCUCAAGCCCGGUGGCGUGUUUGCCUGUCUCGAGUUCUCCAAGGUCAAUAACUCCGUGUUUGAUGCGGUGUAUAAGAGGUGGAGUUUCAGCGCUAUCCCGCUCAUUGGGCAGUUGGUAGCGGGAGAUAGGGAUAGCUACCAGUACCUGGUGGAGAGUAUUGAGAGGUUUCCCAGCCAGACGGAGUUUAGGGAUAUGAUAAAGGAGACCGGGUUUCUUGUCCCAGGACAGGGCUGGGAGGAUUUGACCGGAGGCAUUGCUGCGAUUCACAAGGGCGUGAAACCCGCAUGACAGGCUUCUUACCUCCAUGUAUAGCUAUAUAGAGUGUAGAGUUACAACCGGAACUGUGUAUAUCACGACUUUCGCAGAACCAGGAUCAGACAG